ACACCACAGACUGCUGCUCAGCGCUCAGCAGAUCUCAAGAUCUCCUGCUCCUAGAUCUCGCUGGGACCAGGAGAGCUUUGUCAUUGGGACUCUGGACCAAAAGCCUCCGCUUACUGGAGCUCCCGGCAGUGAAUUUCCCCGAGACUGUCGCUACCUAACACUUGAGUCCUGAGUACAGAACCUCCGCACUGGCAGAAUGGAAAACAGCUCUGAGUAUGUGUACGACUACGACAACGAAACAGAUCCCGAACAGACAGGAUUCUGUAUCCUGAGCGAAAAUCGCGACAAGGAGCUGAGGGUGCAGGCCUACGUGCAUUCCGCCAUCUGCGCCGUCGGCCUGCUAGGAAACAUCCUGGUGAUCAUCACCUACGCCUUCUACAAGAAGACCAAGUCCAUGACUGACGUGUACCUGCUGAACGUGGCCCUGGCCGACCUGCUGUUCGUCAUCGCCCUCCCGCUCAUCAUAUACAACGAGCAGUACGACUGGAUCAUGGGGUCGUGGGCCUGCAAGUUCCUUCGGGGCAUGUACAGCAUCAACCUGUACAGCGGCAUGCUGCUGCUGGCCUGCAUCAGCAGCGACCGCUACAUCGCCAUCGUCCAGGCCCGCAGGUCCUUCCGCAUCCGCUCGCGGACGCUGGUGUACAGCCGGCUCAUCUGCUCAGGGGUGUGGGCGCUGGCGGUCGCCCUGUCCGUGCCCACGUUCAUGUACAACGACAGGUACGAGGAUGGCGGCGUGGCGGAGGAGCCUGUGGCGGUGUGCUACUUCCGCUUCGACCGCAACGAGAACGCGCGGCUGAUGAAGGUGCUGGUGCCCAGCAUGCAGGUGGCGGUCGGCUUCUUCCUGCCGCUGCUGGUCAUGGGCUUCUGCUACUCCAGCAUCAUGGUCACGCUCCUCCGCGCCAAGAGCUUCCAGCGGCACAAGGCCGUGCGCGUGGUCAUCGCCGUGGUGCUGGUCUUCGUGGCCUGCAACCUGCCCUACAACAUGGCGCUGCUGUACCAGACGGCGGCGCUGUUUAAGGAGAGGGAGUGCGAGGCGGAGAAGGCCACCGCGCUGGCGCUGAAGGUGACCGAGAGCCUGGCCUACCUGCACUGCUGCCUCAACCCCGUGCUGUACGCCUUCAUCGGGGUCAACUUCCGCAGCCACUUCUGCAAGAUCAUGGUGGACCUGUGGUGCCUGGGCAAGAAGUACAUCUACGGCAGGCGGCGGUCCUCGCCAUUCACCUCCGACGUCUACAUCUCUGCCCGCAAGUCCAACGAGGGCUCCAACAACGAAAACGGCUCCUCUUUUACAAUAUGACCACCAAAGUUGGUCUGAUUUUUACUUUGUUUUUGUUUUUUGUUUUUUUUUCCCCCCAAUCUUUGAGGCAAACUGAUGAAAACUGGUGAAAAUGUUCUUUCAUGAUCUUCCACUACUUGAA